AUGAAGGCCGCUCUAGUGCUCGUCUCGGCGCUGGCCGUGGUCGCCAUCACCGCCGCGGAAGAGAAAUACACCACCAAGUACGACAACGUCAACCUGGACGGCAUUCUCGGCAACGAACGUCUCUUCAAUAGCUACGCGCAGUGCUUGCUCGAGGAUGGAGACGCCAACUGCACUGCUGAUGGCAAGGAGCUAAAGAGAAUCAUCCCCGACGCUUUAAGCAGCGAAUGCGCGAAGUGCAACGAGAAGCAGAAGGAGGGCACCAGGAAAGUGCUGAAGCACCUCAUCAACCAUAAGCCCGACAUCUGGGCGCAGCUCAAGGCCAAGUACGACCCCGACGGCACCUACAGCAAGAAGUACGAGGACAGGGAGAAGGAGCUCCACCAAUAAGCACUGUAAAACACUGAUGCUUAUAGAUGUGACAAGUACCCUCAUUCUACACCACCCAUCUUGGUGAUUCAUGAGAAGUUGUAACAUUUGAACAGUGCAACAAAAUGUUAAAAUAUUUGUACUAGCUGUAUCUGGUCUUCACUUAAUAAAAAAUAUAG